CACACUGAAACGCAGUCUUUUUCUUUAUUUAUGUUCGUAAAUUUUUGGUUGCCUGGCUUUUUGUUGUUGCGCCACAUUAACAAUAACAAUUGAUGCGCCCCGCCACCGCCCACUAGUCGCGAAAAAAGUGAAUUAUCGGUACCGCGGAUUAAUGUGCCACAUGCGAGAAGCGUUGCAACGUUGCGCCGUCGUCGGGCGUCGAACAAAGCAGUUUUUGGGAAAGUGAAAACGGCGCCAUUUUAGAAGCAGGCAAGCCACGGCCUAAGGCUCAAGAAAAGUGCAAAUGCAAUGUGUGCAGCAAUAGAUUGUCAUUUCGGCACAAACGAAACCGACUACUGAGGUCUACUACUAGCCCAGAAAACAAUCAAGCGUAAGUGUGCUGUAGCUCCCCAGCGACUCCAAAAUAUGAGCUGUAGCCAAAAUGAGACGGCAGCAGCAAAGGUUCUGGAAACGCAACGCGCACAAGAAUCCGGCAGUGAAAAUGAGGAAACCGAUUCCAUUACGGAUCAAUCGAGCCAGUCGAAGUCGAUCAAGUCAGCCACCCAGUUUAGCGUGCAGCGUUCGGACACCGAUGGACUGCGAAUGAGAAUCUCGGCCAUCCGCCCCACGUUAGGAGUCGUAGCAACCAAGAAACCCCCAAAGUCCAGAAAAAUGUCUACCCAGGACACCGAGUCCGGCUGCUCGGAGGCCAAAAAUAGAGCGGUCAGCAAGAAAGUGAAGGUCAAGCGCAAGAAGCUGGCAAGUUCCAGUGGGAUUAGUAAAUCGGACAAAGUGUCUAAGUCUAAGAAGUCACAGAUCUCGGCAUUUUCCUCGGACUCAGAGGACGAUCUGCCCUUGAAGGUGCAUCAGCAGAGAGCUCCGCGAGUGCUGCUAAGUGCUAUCAUCCAGGCGGCACAGUCGGCCAGCAAACCCACCCUCGAUAUCGGAAUCUCGUCCAGCGACAACGAGUUACCUAACCUGGUGCAGGCGGCUAUCAAGCGAGUGGAGAGCGAUACGGAGGACACAACUGUGGAAGGAAGUUUCCGCAAAGCGGCCAAGGACAAGAACCUACCCCAGUACCAGUCAACUUUGCUGCAAGACUUCAUGGAGAAGACUCAGAUGCUGGGGCAGACCGUCAAUGCGAAGCUUGCGGAGGAGAAAGUGGCUAAAGCUAAGGAGGAGACCCUAGUCCAAACAGCUGUUCCUCGAAAGCGCAGAGGUAGACCCAAAAAAGUGGUUCCCACAGUUCCUGCCCCAGGAAACUCUGGCCCUGCUAUAAACGAAUCUGCCGAUUCGGGUGUGAUAAGCACCACUAGCACAACGCAGAGCACUACUCCCUCCCCGAAAAUGCAAAAUGAGAAUGCUGUGCCGACGGGAUCGCUGCCAAUCGCCUCCAGCAGCAAGCCUAAGAUCGACAUGGCGUAUCUGGACAAGCGAAUGUAUGCCACUGAGCGGGUGCUCUAUCCACCGCCCAGGAGUAAGCGACGGCAGAACAAUAAAAAGACAGCCUGCAGUUCAUCCAACAAAGAGGAACUUCAGCUUGAUCCGCUGUGGCGAGAGAUCGACGUGAACAAGAAGUUUAGGCUGAGGAGUAUGAGUGUGGGUGCGGCUAGUGGAACAGGAGCAAGCACCACUAUUUGCAGUAAGGUCUUGGCCGCUAAGAGCGGUUACGUCUCGGAUUACGGAAGCGUACGACAUCAGCGGAGCAGCCACAACCACAACUCCGGUUACAAGUCCGAUGCCAGCUGCAAGAGUCGAUACAGCACCAAGAGUUGUAUGAGUCGCAGGAGCAGGGCAAAGAGCUGCGGCUACCGGAGUGAUUGCAAGGAAUCUGGAAAGUCAGGCCUAAGGAUGAGGCGGAAGCGCCGGGCUUCCAUGCUCUUGAAGAGCUCAGCAGACGAUACUGUCGAGGACCAGGACAUCCUUCAGCUAGCUGGAUUAUCUCUGGGCCAGAGCAGUGAGGAGAGCAACGAAUACAUCAGUAAGCCGAGCCUUAAAAGCCUUCCCACGACAAGUGCCAGCAAGAAGUACGGCGAAAUCAAUCGCUAUGUGACCACCGGGCAGUAUUUCGGUCGAGGCGGUAGUUUGUCUGCCACCAACCCGGAUAACUUCAUUAGUAAAAUGAUGAACCAGCGUAAAGAAACCCCGGCUCCCAGCAAAUCGUCCUGCAAGAUUAAAUCUCGCCGCUCAUCGGCAGCCAGUAUGUGCAGCAGCUAUGUGUCUGGGGUGUCUAGAAUGCGUCGCAGACAUCGCCGGAAGAGUUUCAGUCACAACAAAUCAUUGAACAUUGAUUCCAAGCUGCUCACCGAAAUCGAGAUAAUCACAAGCACCUUCAACUCAAGGUGUCGCAUCCAAGAUGAUCGUUUGACCGGAAGCAGUGGCAAAGAGAAGCUAUUGGCCGAUGCCAACAAGCUGCAGGCCACCCUAGCAGCACCAAGCCCUGCCCAGCAGUUGACUCUGAAUGGAGGAGGACCAGCUUCCACCCUUUCCAAACCAUUAAAACGGGGCCUAAAGAAGAGAAAGCUGAGUGAGCCCCUAGUGGACUUCGCUAUGCUAUCAGCUAGCGCUAGUGGAACUCCCAAUGGCAGCGGAAGCAGUAAUGGAAAUACCAAACGACGACACAAGAAAUCUCAAAGCAAUGACAGUUCCAGUCCCGAUGAUCACAAGUUGCCGUUGAAAAAGCGCCACUAUCUUUUGACUCCAGGAGAGCGUCCGCCGGCGGAAGUAGCAUUCGCCAAUGGGAAAUUGAACGCAGAGGCCUGGGCUGCAGCCGCGGCGGCUGCUAAGAGCACUGCGUCUACCAAAUCGCAAGCCCAGUUUAAUGCUAGGAGCGUAAAAUCUGCGCUAACGCCCAAAAAAAGACAUCUCCUAGAGCAACCUACGUCUGUGAGCGGAGCUGGCUCGUCGGCCAGUAAUUCUCCCCUGAGAAUUGUUGUCGAUAAUAAUUCCAUAAGUGGUGGAAAGUUGCUGGAUAUAAGUCCUAGUUCCUUGUGUUCCCUCAAACAGCAGAGGAGAGGAGGAGCAGCUAAACAGAAGGUGUCGGCAGCGAAGGACCUCGUUCAGCUUCAAUCCCCAGCUGGUAGCUAUCCUCCCCCCGGUGUGUUCGAGCCAUCUGUGGAGCUGGAAAUCCAAAUUCCUCUUAGUAAACUGAACGAAUCCGUCAUAACCAAAGCAGAGGUCGAAUCUCCACUGCUCUCAGCAUUGGACAUUAAGGAGGAUACGAAAAAGGAGGUUGGCCAGCGCGUUGUCGAAACCUUGCUACACAAAACGGGAGGCAAUCUUCUUCUGAAACGCAAGCGGAAAAAGAUAAAUCGAACUGGAUUUCCCACUGUUCGCAGGAAGAAACGUAAAGUUAGCGUGGAGCAGCAAACAACAGCCGUGAUUGAUGAGCACGAGCCGGAGUUUGAUCCCGAUGAUGAGCCACUGCAAUCCCUAAGAGAGACCAGGAGUAGCAAUAAUGUCAAUGUGCAGGCGGCACCUAAUCCUCCACUGGAUUGCGAGCGAGUUCCCCAAGCAGGCGAGGCCAGAGAAACCUUUGUGGCCAGGACCAAUCAAAAAGCCCCUCGAUUAUCGGUGGUGGCCCUGGAGCGCCUACAGCGUCCUCAAACACCAGCUAGAGGAAGACCGCGAGGUAGAAAACCUAAGAACAGGGAACAAGCUGAAGCUGCACCUCAACCGCCGCCCAAAUCGGAACCUGAGAUAAGGCCAGCCAAAAAACGUGGCCGGCAACCCAAGCAGCCGGUACUGGAAGAGCCACCACCCACACCACCUCCUCAACAGAAAAAAAACAAAAUGGAACCAAAUAUUAGACUACCAGAUGGCAUCGAUCCCAAUACGAAUUUCAGCUGCAAGAUUCGCUUGAAGCGGCGAAAGAACUUAGAGGCUGGAACCCAACCAAAAAAGGAGAAGCCAGUCCAGCCAGUGACGGUGGAAGAGAUUCCACCAGAAAUUCCCGUCAGUCAAGAAGAAAUAGAUGCAGAAGCAGAGGCUAAACGGCUAGACAGUAUUCCUACCGAGCACGAUCCCUUGCCUGCCAGUGAGUCCCACAACCCCGGUCCGCAGGACUAUGCCAGUUGCAGUGAAUCCAGCGAGGACAAGGCAUCAACCACAUCCUUGCGGAAACUAUCUAAGGUCAAGAAGACCUAUCUUGUAGCAGGACUCUUCUCGAAUCAUUACAAACAAUCCCUGAUGCCGCCCCCAGCAAAGGUGAACAAAAAACCAGGCCUGGAGGAGCAAGUGGGUCCUGCGAGCCUUCUACCACCACCUCCCUAUUGCGAAAAGUACCUCCGAAGGACUGAAAUGGACUUUGAGCUACCUUACGACAUUUGGUGGGCUUACACUAAUUCCAAAUUACCCACUCGAAACGUUGUGCCAUCCUGGAAUUACCGAAAGAUCCGCACCAAUGUAUACGCAGAGUCAGUGCGUCCAAAUUUGGCGGGAUUCGAUCAUCCCACCUGUAACUGUAAGAACCAGGGCGAGAAGUCUUGUUUGGACAACUGUCUCAACCGCAUGGUUUAUACGGAGUGCUCGCCCAGCAAUUGCCCGGCUGGAGAGAAGUGCCGAAAUCAGAAGAUCCAGCGACAUGCCGUCGCACCCGGAGUGGAGCGCUUUAUGACGGCAGAUAAAGGAUGGGGAGUGCGAACUAAGCUACCCAUUGCGAAGGGAACCUACAUUCUGGAGUACGUGGGCGAGGUAGUCACGGAAAAGGAAUUCAAGCAGAGGAUGGCCAGCAUCUACCUAAAUGACACCCACCACUAUUGCUUACAUUUGGAUGGAGGACUGGUUAUCGACGGUCAGCGGAUGGGCAGCGAUUGUAGGUUUGUCAACCAUUCUUGCGAACCCAAUUGCGAGAUGCAAAAAUGGAGUGUUAACGGCCUAUCUAGAAUGGUUUUAUUCGCCAAAAGAGCCAUAGAGGAGGGGGAGGAGCUGACAUACGAUUACAACUUUUCGCUGUUCAAUCCCUCAGAGGGUCAGCCCUGCAGGUGCAACACGCCCCAGUGUCGUGGUGUCAUUGGUGGCAAGUCGCAGAGAGUUAAACCCCUUCCUGCUGUGGAGGCCAAGCCAUCUGGAGAGGGACUUUCUGGCCGAAACGGGCGCCAACGGAAGCAGAAGGCCAAAAAGCAUGCUCAACGGCAGGCGGGAAAAGAUAUUUCAUCAGCAGUGGCGGUGGCAAAGCUUCAACCAUUGUCCGAAAAAGAAAAGAAACUGGUCAGACAAUUCAACACAUUUCUAGUCAGGAACUUCGAAAAGAUACGCAGAUGCAAGGCCAAGCGGGCGUCAGAUGCAGCGGCGACUGCAUCCUCGCCAGCACUUGGCACCACUAAUGGGGACAUUCCUGGUAGACGUCCCUCCACACCAUCUUCUCCUUCCUUGGCAGCGCAGAUUUCCGCGCUCUGCUCGCCUCGCAACAUAAAAACCCGUGGACUCACACAGGCAGUGCAUGAUCCCGAACUAGAGAAAAUGGCCAAAAUGGCUGUAGUUCUAAGGGAUAUUUGCAGUGCCAUGGAGACCCUCAAAAUGUCCGAUUUGUUGACGACAGUGUCCAGCAAGAAAAAGAAGCCUAUAAAGACCACUUUGAGUGGAAAAUUGGGUUCUACAGCUGCAACUUCAAAAGUGGAAUUCAGAUCGAUACAAGCCCAGGUGGAGCAGGGACAUUACAAAACGCCGCAGGAAUUCGAUGACCACAUGCAGCAGCUCUUUGUGGAGGCCAAGCAGCAACACGGCGAUGAUGAGGGCAAGGAAAAAGCGCUGCAGUCCCUGAAGGAUAGCUAUGAGCAACAGAAGAUCGCCAGCUAUGUUCAGCUGGUGGAGAUUCUUGGUGAUUCGGAAUCGUUGCAGAGCUUUAAACCAAAGGAAGUGCUUUCGUCAGAGGAGGAACCUGGAAAGAUAGCAGUGAAGAAAUCACCAGGAGCAAAGGAAAGAGAUUCCCCAAUUGUGCCAUUGAAAGUGACUCCGCCACCCCUGCUUCCUAUUGAGGCCUCUCCUGAUGAGGAUGUAAUCCGAUGUAUUUGUGGAUUGUACAAAGAUGAAGGCUUGAUGAUUCAGUGCUCCAAAUGCAUGGUGUGGCAGCAUACUGAAUGUACCAAAGCUGACAUCGAUGCGGAUAAUUAUCAGUGCGAGCGUUGCGAGCCAAGGGAAGUGGAUCGAGAAAUUCCCCUGGAGGAAUUUACCGAAGAGGGACACCGUUACUAUCUCUCCCUAAUGCGUGGUGAUCUGCAGGUACGACAGGGCGAUGCCGUCUAUGUCCUACGAGACAUCCCCAUCAAGGAUGAGUCCGGCAAGGUGUUACCGACGAAGAAGCACACCUAUGAAACGAUCGGAGCCAUUGAUUACCAAGAGUGCGAUAUCUUUCGGGUGGAGCACUUGUGGAAAAACGAACUGGGAAAGCGUUUUAUAUUCGGACACCAUUUCCUGCGUCCUCAUGAAACUUUCCACGAACCAUCGCGUCGUUUCUACCCCAAUGAGGUGGUACGAGUUUCACUUUAUGAGGUGGUACCCAUUGAGUUGGUCAUUGGACGCUGCUGGGUGUUGGAUCGAACAACUUUCUGUAAAGGACGCCCCAUGGAAUGCAACGAUGAGGAUCAUUGCUACAUCUGCGAGCUGCGUGUGGACAAGACGGCAAGGUUCUUCUCAAAGGCCAAGGCCAACCAUCCAGCCUGCACCAAGAGCUAUGCCUUCAGAAAAUUUCCCGAGAAGAUUAAGAUCUCCAAGAGCUAUGCGCCCCAUGAUGUGGAUCCGUCGUUGCUGAAGACAAGGAAGCAAAAGACUGAAUUAGACGUAGGAGCCGGGCCAACAACGAUGCACAAGGUGUCUGGCAGGCAGGAACAGCAUCAGGCCAAGAUGGUUGGGCGAAAGCCUCGUGGGAUCAGUGCCCCAGCGGAUGCAACUGCUGUCCAUGUCGUAACACCCGUGGCGCCCAAUAAACAGAUGCUUAAGAAGAGGAAAUCGCGUUUAGAGAACGUUUUGAUAACUAUGAAGCUUAAGUGUCUGGAUGCACAAACGGCACAGGAGCAACCCAUUGACUUGUCAUACCUGCUGUCCGGACGCGGCGCCCGGCAGCGGAAGACCCAGCAGUCCAGUAGCAGUUCUACGGCCAACUCAACAUAACCGAUGUAACGCGAGUAGAUUAAGCCGUGUAUAUACGCCUAAAGUUAGAGGCAUUGAUUAAUAUUUAUGGAACUUCAAUUAACAAUUAGCAUUUAGCCAUGUAAGAUGUAACGGUGAUAGUAGUAAUCCUAAAGUGUACAUUGUUAUGAACAAACUUCGUGAAAGGACUCCGGUCCCGGCUAGGAUGGAACAGAUUAUGAAUUAUGGUUAAUAUAAGGAUUUAUUUAAAUACUAGUGCUUACGCCACCGCACCAAGCCCCCAAUUUAGAUGAAUUUCUUUUGUUUUUAAUUGUUUAUAUUGGCUCUCCAUAUUAAUUUUGUUUUACAAAACUAUCCCCCUCUCGUCUUUGCAAUUGAAGGCGUUUGACUUUUGCAUUGUUAUUUUAAAUUAUUGUAUUAUGUUAUGGCUGCUUAAUUAUGUAACACCCGAGUAGGACAACUUAUUGCGCUAUUAGUUUUUAGUUAUUUUCCAAUUGUUAUUAACUGCUAACAAAAAUUUUAAAAGUGAAAUAAAAAAUAUAUUUUUAUU